GCGGCGGUGGCAGCGGCGGCCAUGGCCGCCCUGGACUCGUUGCUGGACGAGGUGGCUCUCGAGGGGCUGGACGGCAUCACCUUCUCCACCCUCUGGUUCCGGCUGGACAACCGCGUCCCCGCGUUCCCGCUGCAGCUGGACCCGGCCACCAGGCAGUUCGUGUGGGAGGCCCUGGCCGCCUGCCCGCAGCUCAGCUUCUUCCGGCUGCCCCAGGACCGGCCGGCCCUGGUUUUCUAUGACCGAUAUGAAGAAAUUGAUCCAGAGACAGGAAUCCAAGAGACACGGAGGGAUCCUACACCGAGAGAUGAUAUCUAUCCUGUUUGCAUCAUUUCAGAUAAUAAAGAUGAAAUUCAGGGUUCCUGUCAGCAUUUUCACAAACGAAAAGACAUAACUGCAGAGAUAAGGACUCAGCAGUAUAUACCAUGCUGCACUUUGGAUGAAGCUGUAAAAAGGUGGGGAGAGAAGUUGGUCAUCGUCGCCUCUCAAAUGGUUCGUCAUCGAGCUCUGAUUGGGUGGGAAAGUGAUCCAGAGUUAAACCUGCCUGACUAUUCAUAUUGUAUACUGGAGAGGCUGGGUAGAGCAAGGUGGCAGGGAGAGCUGCAAAGGGACCUUCACAGUGGAGCUUUCAAAAUUGAUGCCCGUAAAAUGCAUUAUCACCGACGAGUCCUCGACAGAAACAACUUGAUAACUCUGCAGUCCCACGUGAUUCGGCAGCCUAAUGGAAACCAGCAGUAUUCCAUUCUGCUCCUUCUCAAACGCUUCCAUGUUGACCGGAGAAGCAAAUAUGACAUUUUAAUGGAAAAAAUCUCCAAUAUCCUUGUGAACCGGCCUAAUCAGUUGGAAGUCAUGUUAACUCUUAGGGAUGAGCUAGGUCUUUGUGAAAGAACUUUCAAAAAACUUUAUCAGUACAUGGUGGCUGGUGGUAUAGCCAAGGUGAUUACUGUUCCCCUCAAGGACCUGAAUCCUGAAGGAGGACCAUGUGUGACAAAAAAAGGAACUCAGAUUAUUGUUCGAUGCCUGAAACUGAUAAAGCCAUACGGGAAAAAAGUAGAUGAUGAAGAUGACGAUGAAGAAGAUAAUAAGACAGUCGAAAGAAUGGAUGUUGUUUAUGAACGAGAUAUGCUUACCCAAGCUUAUGAACUAAUUGAGAAGAGGGGCACCAAAGGCAUUUCACAGACUGAAAUCCGAUUGGCACUGAAUGUUGGAAAACUUGAAGGUCGGAUGCUGUGCCGCCUGCUGGAAAGAUACAAAGUUAUUACGGGCUUCAUGGAGGAUGAAGGUCGUCAGCGCACAACUAAAUACGUGGCUAAGACAUUUGUGGAGCAGAGUGAACUGAGCAAGCAAUUUGAAAAGGAAAAGGCUAGAAGCGAGCAGUUGGCAACAACUAGCUUCCUGCCUCUUGAGCAUGCCAAAUCAGAAACUGUUCGCCAGCAAGCUCUAUCUCAAGCGAAGAACUUAGCAGAGAGCAAAAGCAUACCGCAGGAUUUACCAGAGGGCUUAUCGAAGGCAAAUCACGGUCGAAAGGAACCUGUAAAGUUAAUUACAACCCCUGCACAGAACAAUCGAUCUUCUCAUUCAGAGCACAGAGAAAAAAAAUGCACUACCUCACAGAAAAUAUACAAAGGAAAGAAAUUAGUUAAGAGUGCAUUAUUUAGAAAAUUCAAACUGAAAAAAGGUCGUAAAUCAAAAUUGGGCAAAGGUAGAAAAUUACCUGGUUUAGUAAAAGCAACCGUUGGGACGGAUCAUUCCCAGAAUAUGGCCAAGCGUGGAGAAGAGUCGUCCAAAGAAUCACAGCAAAUAGAUCUUCAAUUAAACUCCUCCCGACAGAACAAAGGCUGUACCUCUUGUACAAAAUUAGUGCACAGUCAAUGUGAAGAGAAUGUUGUUAUUGAAGAGGUUAAGGUUGAAAAAGCAAAGGAGAAGGGCCACGGAAAGAAGAGGAAACCGAGCAAGGACACUCAUUUAAAAAGACCUCAUGAAACUUUUAGGAUGCUAAAACGACAGAACCUAAUACUAGAAGCCGUUCGGAAUUUAAAACUGAUUGAAAGCCUGUUUUCGCUUCAGAAGAUGAUCAUGGAAGAGGAGAAGCAAGAUGGUGUGGUCACCAGGUGCUGUAAGAAGUCAAUAGUAAGAAUGGUUCAAAAGUUGUCGCAGGAGGGACUGCUGCGACUCUUCCGUACCACUGUUAUACAAGAUGGCAUCAGCAAAAAGGUGGAGUUUGUGGCUCAUCCGUCUGUGCUUCCCAGUGAUCCACUUGUAAAAAGUGCCAUUGAGCAAGUUCGAUUUAGGAUCUCCAGUUCUUACACAGUUCACAGAAUGAAGGUGUUGCAACUCCAUGCUCAGAAAGAGAAGGAAAAGCAAGCAAAAGAAAAUGCUUCGGUGAUUGCAUCUUCCGAAUCUGAGCAAAACAAGAAUGCAGAGACGGCCAGCAAAUGCUCCACAAGUAAAACUGAUGAGAAAAUGGGUGUCACUCCACUUAAGAACUACCGCCCUGUUAUAGGUAAAAAUAAUCUGCUCCCUGGGCUCGGGCGUUCACUUGGCUUCCUUCCCAAAAUGCCUCGGCUACGCCUGGUCCACAUGUUCCUCUGGUACAUUGUUUAUGGACAUCCUCUUCGGAGAACUUCAGAGGAAGCGGUUAUGUCUGCACCUUUGGCUAGCGCACCAACAAGUGCUACAGAAGAGGCUUCAGGUGCAGAAGCACCCAAAGAACCAGCUGUCGCAUCCACAUCAAAUGGGACCACUGACAUUAUUGCAAUAGAUGGGAACAAUCCAGCUGCUAAUGGAAUGCUUGUGGGGACAUCGACUACAAUUGAGAUUGGUGAAGAUUGCCAGUGGGAUGGGAAUAUAGAACAUCUGCAUGUGAAAGAGACUGUUUAUGUGGAUGAAGCGUCGUGGAAGAGAUACAGUCCUCCUACCCCUAUUCACAGAGAGUUUGGAUAUGGUUGGGCUCUCAUUAGUGAUAUAUUGCUCUGUGUUCCCCUCUCUAUCUUUGUCCAGAUAGUACAAGUCAGCCACAAGGUUGAAAAUCUGGAUGAGUUUUUAAAUGAUCAUUACAUGAAGCACACUUUGGUCAGGGACUUACCCCAACCCAUCAGGCAGCAACUUCUUUAUAAACGGAGAUACAUAUUUUCUAUCUUUGAGAGUUUGCAGCGUCUUUGUUAUAUGGGAUUGUUGCAAUUUGGUCCAAUUGAAAAAUUUCAAGAGAAAGAUCAGAUUUUUGUUUAUAUCAAAAAGAAUGCCAUGAUUGUGGAUACCACUAGCUGUGAUCCACAUUACAACUUGGCCAGAAGCAGCCGACCAUUUGAUAAUCGCUGCUAUGCUCUCAAUAACUUGCAGGAUGUAGAAAGUUUCUGGUUCGAUCUUAUGUGUGUGUGCCUGAAUACACCGCUAGGAGUUAUUCGAUUUCCUCGCUUAAACAGAAAUGUUGGUCAGGCAGCACAAGAGGGUGCAGAAGACACUGCCUUUAACUCCGUGAUGGAACAAGACGCAACUGCUAAGAACACCCAGGAGCACAAAUGUUCCCUGCUGGAGUACACCACGGGUAGUCGGAAGUUGAUGGAUGAUGGGAAACUACCUGGGGAUGGCCUUGGAGCGGCUGGUCUGGAUUCUAGUUUCUUUGGACAUCUGAAGCGAAAUUGGAUCUGGACCAGUUAUAUUAUCAACAAUGCGAAAAAAAGUCUCAGUAUCCCUGAGAGCAGUUCAGUGCGAUUACAGAGCUUCCUGAACAAACAUUCCCUUCCCCUCGGUGUUGCAGGAAAUAAAUUCAGUAUGUUAGGGGUCCUCAGGUCUGUGCAUGGGUCUCUUGCUGACAAGGAAGAAAUUCGAAUUGAAAAAGAAUGCAAUGUGGGCAGAAACAAAAGAGUAGCUGGUGGUAAAGGACAGAAGAGAAAGCGACCUGAAAAGGAGAGUGGGAAGAAACAAAGGAAAAAGAGAAGGAAAGAGGAUUUACCACAACAGGAAAAGACAAAGAGAUUUCGCUUUCAAGAUGAUGCUGAUAGGAGUGCGCUGCGCCGCAUGACCAAACUACGUGUAACCUGGACUGCACAGGAAGACAGUCUGCUUAUGCUUUGCCGAGUAGCCAGCCAUGUUCUUAACAAAAAAGUGAAGGGACCCUUUGUUCCUUGGCAAACAGUGAGAGAUGUCAUGCACGAUUAUCUUGAAGUGGCUUUGGAUAAAACGUCUCUUGCUGUAGGGCGCCGAUCCCGUUAUAUCCUCAAGAAUCCACAGACGAUGCUUAACUAUAGAAUUUGUCUUGCUGAAGUCCAUGAAGAUCAUGCUUUAAUCAAUGAGAUUAUGAAUAAAAAGAACAAUUAUCAGGACAGCAAGGUUUGUGCCGAGGAGUUUAAAGAAUUUGUAGGAAGACUGAGGCAGAAAUUCACCUCCGCAAUAGGAUCCGGAAAUAUUGAAAUCCCAGAUACACUGCAGGAAUUAUUUGCCAGGUUCAAGAUAUUGGUAGUUGGGGAAGAAGGCAAUGAAAACCAGAAGCAGGAUAACGUUAAAAGCAUCGAUGAUAUUCAUUACUUGGUUCUGCAGAAUUUCAUUCAGAGCACAUUGGCUCUCUCAGAUACACAGAUGAAAUCAUGCCAGUCUUUUCAGACUUUUCAUCUAUACAAACAAUAUAAGGAUGAAGUACUGGUGAAAGUGUUUCUCGAGUUCCAACAGCGAAGCUUGGUAAACCGUCGCAGGGUCAGUAAAGCUUUGGGUCCCAAGAAGAGCCGAGCCUUGCCCUUCGCACCAAUGUCUUACCAAUUAUCGCAGGCGUACUACAGGAACUUCAUGUGGCGGUUUCCCAGCAACAUUUGUUCAGAGUCGUAUAAUUUUGUUCAGAAGUUGAAGAGUGCGGGAAGUGCAGACAUCCCCAACACCUUUUCAUUCCAGGAUAAAGAGAUCCCCGUUGAGACAGAAAUGGUCACCUACCCUUUGGACGGAAAUGGCGGCUACUGUGUAGCUACAAUAUCCUUGUUUAUCCUUGGUCUGCUCUCUUUCCAUGUCUCAGUACCUGAGCAGAUUGUGGUUGUGGACAGCACGCUUGUAGACAAUGAAGUUAUAAAAAGGUUGGGGAAGGAAGGCAUAGAUGACUAUGAGGAUGAUGAUCUGGAAGAAACUGGAAAUAAACCCAAAUUUGAAGUGAAGGCUCCUCAGGCUUCGCAUACCAAUUACUUGCUAAUGAGGGGGUAUUAUGCACCGGGCAUUGUUAGCACACGCAACCUCAAUCCUAAUGAUAACAUUGUAGUCAAUUCAUGUCAAGUGAGGUUAAAAGUCCGCUCGACACCAGCUCAUGGAUGUUUGAGCACCCAUGAUGGUUCAGCUACUUUGUUUCAAACUGCUUCAGGGCCAGAUGCUCUUCCUCGUGCAUUCACCAAGGUUUUGAGGCCCAGCACUGAUGUGUAUGUUGGAGAGAACAUUAAGAAGCAGCUUGUAGAGGAGCUCAAAUACAGUCCUGAGGACCUGACAGCCAUGCAAGAAAUCACCAAUGAGAUUGAAGCAUGCUCUACCUUUGGGAUGGAGGCAGUGGAACUAGGCAAGAAAUAUGUUCAGUAUGAGGAAGUGCUGAAUGGAAGAACCAGGACUUUAAAACAGUAUCUGCAGGAUUUGAUUGAGUUGGACCAAAUGGUAGAAGUUGGUGGCUCGGGAGUGCGGCUGGUUGCUAUAACACACGCUUAUCCCUGGCUGCUUCAUCCAUUCCGUGUGCGGAGAAGUGUUAAAACUGGACCAACGAAUCUUACUGAUGUGGGAUCCAAAGGUAGGACAGAGUCCAGUGCAAAGAACAUUGAGGAAAGUACAGAGGACAUUGAAGGAUAUCAGGACAAUACAAAGCCUGAUCCUAGCACUUCUGGCACAGAGAAAGAAAUUGAGCAGCAUAAAUUGGAGUCCACUACUGUACAGAAUGAAGCUGUUCAGUUAAGUAAUAUACAGGCACUGACUGGAAGUAGAAAAAGGACCAUUGAGGAAGUUGAAGGUGAAAUUAUUGACCAAGGGCUUCCUAUUAAAAUUCCUCAUCGAGGAAGUGAGCCUUCUGACUUGAGCUGUGAUUCUUCAGUCAGGAGCAAACCUCUAGUCAGCACAGUGGAUGAAACAAAGGCUGGCUUCCCUCAGCAUCACAUAGGAUAUAAAUUAGUCAAAUCCCCGGACCUGCACAGUGGACCAGGAAAGGUAGAUUCUGAACGCAGUCAGGAUGAAGAUCAAGAUAAGGAUGGAAACUGCAAAGUGUUCAGCUCUUCGUAUGACAUUAAAGGUCCAAACAUCCCAUCAGCAUCUAGCCAGCCAGAUGAGCAGUCCAUGGGAGAAGAUGGAAAAGGACAACUGAGAUUUCCCCAAGACAAUGCAGCAGGGAGUGAACAGAGGAAUGAAACCACUCCACCUGCAGAUGGGCAAGUUCUGCUUCAGGAAAAGAAUUCUGUGGCCGGUCCAGUGGAACAUUCACAGCAAGACGAAAGUCUUCAAGUAAGCAAGAAUGAGGACAGACCCAAGCUUCCGGAAGAAGGAGAUGAUACAGUUAAGGAGAAUGUCAACAUAGAAAAUACAGUGCAAACCCCAUCCGAAAGUGAAUUUGAACAAAUUAGUUUUGUCUGCCAUCCCUGGAGGAUUGUUGAUGGGAGCUUGAAUAAACCUGUGUGUAAAGGAAUGGUAGAAGCCAUGCUGUACCAUAUUAUGACAAAACCUGGGAUCACAAAACAGAAGCUAUUGAGUUACUACAGUGCUGUGCUGCAGCCUGUUAUCAUACUGGAAAUAUUACAGGCUCUGGAAACCAUUGGCUGCAUUAGAAAGCGUUACUUAACCAAAGCCAAGCCCGUGUCCUUGUUCUCCACCCCCACAAGUGGUUCUGAGGUGCAGGAUUGCAAAUUGUCUGAGAGUUUUACUGUUUUUUAUGAACCUACCAUAGACUGUGUUUUAAGACUCGGCAAAGUCUUUCCACAUGAACCAAACUGGAACAAAUGGAUACAAUAACACCGUGCUUUAAGGAUUAUGUUUCCUUGUUCACAUGAAGGAUGUUUUCCACAGGCGCUGACCUCUCCUAUAGACAAUCUCAGAAGUUUGCAAACUUGCAUGACCAUCUGGAACUAUUUAUAAAAAAACUGAAGUUAAAUUUUAAGGAGAAUAGCACUGAAUUACACUUGAGAGUGAAGAAAUAAAUGUUUCUACUAAAACUUA